GGUUCUGCCACCGAGAAAGACCGUCCGUAUUAUCUACAGACCUUCAAUUUGAUCACUCCUCCCGUACAGUUAUCUUUUCUGUUACUCAUAAGCAUCGCACAAGCGAAUACUCCAUGCAUGCCUGCCUGCUCAUUCCAGAGAUCGUAAAACUCAUUUUCACCAACUUUCAUGUUUACGACACCGAUGAGUAUUCAGUAAAUUUUGUAGAUCUCUACUCCAGACUAGCCACGCAACGUUAUGUAGCUGGGCGACAUUCUCUAGCCGCUCUCUCUCGGGUCUGCCGUUCCUUCAAAGAUAUAGCUUUGGAUGCGUUAUGGGUCAAGCUGGAUAGUCUGGAACCUCUUUUCGCUUGUCUCCCACGAGAUUUAUGGACCAUGACUGAUGAUCGGAAGCUUCUCAUACAGAGACCUGUAACCGAAGCAGAUUGGUCGGUCUUCGAGCAAUAUGCAUCUCGGGUGCGGAUUUUGGGUCACGCAGAUUUUGAUCUUUUCGGAGGCAUAGACGCGGAGUUUGUCUACGCCAUGAUAGGUUUUUGUUCACAGUCCCUCCUGGUGCCCAACCUUCGAACACUCUGCUGCAAAGGAUAUCGAUAUCCUGAUGUUUUCCAUUCGUAUAUGCGUUACCUCCUGGGUCCCAACCUCAUUUAUCUGUUUGUGGUUUCCCCAACGGAGGGUUUUUUGUCCAGCGCCAUGCCUUCAGUGUUAUCAGAUCUCGACAGGUAUUCACCGCAAUUAGAAGUCAUCGAGUUCCUCGGACCACAUCUAAUGUGCCCUCGAGUCAGUGAGCUUGCUCUCUGUGGGCUAACGCACCUGCGGAAGGCAAAUCUCAUCUUUUCAAGCCAGGAAGAUCUGUCCUGGAUAUCUCGUAUCGUUGGUCUUCAAGAGUUGAAGAUCGUCCUCGCUGGAAUCUUCCCUCCCCUCAGAUCUCAGUUUCGUACCUCUUACCUGGAAAAAUUAGUCAUCCAUUCAUUUGACUUGACCACGAGUGGAAGUUCAGUAGCAGGGUGGGUUGUUCCAUGCAGACAGCUGCAGCUCAUUCCCACUUUUACUGAAUCCGCGGUUGCCGUCGAACGUGCUCUGCGCAUGUUGGACCAACGUCUACUUUUUAACGUUCUGGAGCAUAUCCUACUAGACGCACUGGUAUUCGGGCCUAAUCGUGAUCAUAUCGACAAUGCAUUCACCCUACAAACAUUCACUCCCCUUAUGCGCUUCUCCAGUCUGAAAGAGGUCGACCUUUCGACAUUUUGUAUGUCAUUGCUUGAUGACGAUGAUCUCGGUUCCAUCGUCAAGUCCUGGCCACACCUCGAGUGCCUUUAUCUCGGGACGAAAUGUUUCUGGCAGAUGCCACCCAAAAUAACCUUUCGGGGUCUUGUGACCUUACUUGCCACCUGCCCCGAUCUCAGAAACCUCGGUUUGAUAUUCGACACUACCAAGGUAGAUUCGCCUACAGCUGAGACAUUAGGUCGUGGGGUCUCUAACACAAAUAUCACCCACUUUCAUGUUGGGUGCUCUCCGAUUGAACAACCACUGCAGGUUGCGGUCUCGCUUUCGGCGGUUUUGCCGUGCUUGGGAGAAUUUAUUGUCGAGUCCUGGCUAGUCAAGCCUGGGGGUCAGGACGGUCCUGACCGACAGGCACGAAAUGCCAAGUGGGGAGAGGUAUUGAAGCAUAUUGGCCAUACUUUAAUCAAGCAAGAGAGUAACGCUACAGUGAAGACCAGGGAUGUGACGAGCUGGCUCACGCGAAAAGUAGCUCGUCGCGAGCGAUUGUUGAGAUGUUAAACGUGGUUUUCAAUAGUAGUUUCUACUGUGAUCACUGUACACCAUGGUCCAGACCACCAAUAUCCAUAGUGAUGCCAUAUGGCUCCAUGUAGUUUGCAAGAUACUUCUUGUUUCAUUGAAAACGUAGAACCUGGGUCGACGGGCGCGUGAGGUGUUGGUAACUUGCACCAAACUUUG